AUGGCUGCAGCACCGUCUAAGACGUCUCUUCUCAAGGUCGAUGACCCGGAAGCGUUAGGAGCUCACUUGGCCCUAAAAAUCCCUGGAUUCCAGCCGCCGUUAACGCUAAAACAAUUUAAAACUGGCCAGUCUAACCCAACUUACAUGUUGGAGGAUUCCAGGGGAGUCAAAUAUGUUUUAAGAAAGAAACCACCAGGCAAGCUCGUACCAAGAGCUCAUCAGAUUGAACGAGAAUUCGAAAUCAUGUCGGCUCUAAAACAAGGAUCGACACUCCCAAUCCCAAAACCAUACUAUAUGUGUGAAGACCCUUCGAUUAUUGGAUCUGCCUUUUAUGUGAUGGAGUUCGUAGAGGGUCGCGUUAUAGAAAACGGAUUGUUUCCAGAUGUUCCUGAUCAAGACAGACAUGCAUAUUGGUAUGAGCUCAUUGAUGUGCUGGCUGCCUUCCAUAGUGUGAAUUACAAGGCUGUUGGACUGGCCAAUUUUAGUCACGGGCGCGUUAGCAACUACUUUGAACGUCAAGUAAAGGUCUAUUCUGAGAUGGGCGCAUCGCAAGCACCAUUACUGAAACCAGAUGGAACCCGUCUUGGAGAAUUGAACAGACAGGCUGAACUUGAGGCUUGGCUUCGCAAGCAAGCUAAAGCGCUAGCUGAUGAGUCUACGCUGGUUCAUGGUGAUUACAAGGCCGGAAAUAUAAUGUUUCAUCCAACACAGCCAAAGAUUGUUGCUAUUCUUGAUUGGGAGACUUCGACCGUCGGCCAUCCUCUUAACGAUUUGGCUACCAUAUUAAUGUCGUUUUAUCUUCCAAACGGAUACCGUAAUCUUCCAAGACCACUCUCAAUCCCCGAACCAGAAGCACUAAUAAGAAGAUAUUGUGCAGCUGCCAAACGACCAUAUCCGAUAAAGGGACUUGAUUUUUGCAUAGCAUUCACCUUAUAUCGUGCAGGCAUUCAAGUACAGGGAAUUGCUGCACGGGUAUUGAAAGGUCAGAACAAUAAUGCAGAUGGACGUGUCCAAGAUUUCUUACAGUAUGGAGAUGUAGCAUUGGAAAUAAUGGAUGGGAGAUUGAAGAUUAAUCUUGGAAAGUUGUGA